ACCAUUUAUUGCUCUAUCUACUGUUUAACCCUUCCGAAUCUUUACCUGUCAUCGACCUAUAAAAGUUUCAUGCAUUUGCUUCCAUUUCUGCAUCUGUUCUCUGUGUUCUUCUUUUGUUCUCAACUUAUAAUUAGCUUGGCAAGAUAAUAAUAUAAUACUUCUGCAUUAAUUGUAUAUAUUCUAGAAUUUUGAAGAAGGAGAAGUGUGAGAUUGUUGAAGAAAAUGAGUAUUUUUUCAUCGGUUACAGGAAGGCCUGGUCCUAGUGGAUUUGGAUCAGCUUCUACAGCUGAACAGGUUACUCAAGGGAUUGAUGCUUCCAAUCUUACUGCUAUUGUUACUGGUGGGGCUAGUGGUAUUGGAUUUGAGACAGCAAGAGUGUUAGCUCUACGUAAAGCUCAUGUGAUAAUAGCAGCAAGGAACAUGGAAGCUGCAAAUGAAGCAAAGCAACUUAUUCUUAAAGAAGAUGAAGAUGCCUGUGUUGAUGUUUUGAAAUUGGAUUUGGCCUCAAUUAAGUCUAUCAGAGGAUUUGCUGAUAAGUUCAUUGCUCUUAAUCUGCCACUCAACAUCUUAAUAAACAAUGCUGGGAUUAUGUUCUGCCCCUAUCAGCUAUCAGAAGAUGGAAUAGAAAUGCAGUUUGCAACAAAUCACAUCGGUCAUUUCCUAUUGACAAAUCUUGUCUUGGACAAAAUGAAAGAAACUGCAAGAACCACAGGUAUUGAGGGUAGGAUUGUAAAUUUGUCAUCCAUAGCUCAUAUCCACACCUAUAAACGUGGAAUUCAAUUUGAUGACAUCAAUAAUAAGAGAAGGUAUUCUGAUAAAAGAGCCUACGGUCAAUCCAAGCUUGCAAAUAUACUACACGCCAAAGAACUUACGCGUCGCUUUCAGGAAGAGGGUGUGAAUAUUACAGCAAAUGCAGUCCAUCCAGGUUUAAUCAUGACAAACCUCAUGAAACAUUCUGCACUUUUAAUGAGAUUGUUGAAGAUCUUUAGCUACCCGCUAUGGAAGAAUGUACCUCAGGGAGCAGCCACUACAUGUUAUGUGGCACUUCACCCAAGUUUGAAAGGAGUGAGUGGAAAAUACUAUGUGGACUGUAAUGAGGCACAACCAAGUGCAUUUGCUGGGCAUCAAUUACUGGCUACACAAUUAUGGGACUUCAGCGACAAACUCAUUAACUCUGUUUCAAAGCCUUGAAAGAGACUCGUACCCAUUUUUAUAUAUAUUUCUCCUAAAAAAACGUACUAGUACUAUAUUCUAAAUGUUCAAGUCCCUAAUUAGGUACCAAAUAUUUAUUUACUGCGAGAUAUAUUUAUUCUGUAAGGGGUGCCUUUGUCUGGCAGAGAUGAGCCACUAAAAUUUAGUGUUGUUGGAUAUGUCAAUAUGGCGCGAGCUUAGUAAGGAAUGGCAUACUGUCUGUCAUUCCCAAGUUCCAAUUCCCAAAAACACUUUUAUAUUAUACUCUCGCUCCGUACUUUUUAUAUAAAAAAUUUCCAUUA